AUGCCUGCUGGAGGAGAAGUCCACAUUUUGCUACAACAUGUGCAGGUAUCGAAUGCGGUCAAUGUAAAACAUAUUAUACAAAGAGCAGUUGACAUUUGUCAAUCGCUAGGGCGGACCCUAACUUGUUCUGUAACGCAAGGUCAGGUUUGGGUAAUAUUUUUUCUCUUGGAGGGCGAUCAAAAGGCUGCUAUCGACCGGUAUAGAAUGGCUACAGAGCUUGAUGAACAAGACGGACUCAUUGAUUCGCCAGAGGUGCAACAAAAGCUAAACAAUAUCUUGAACAAAAUAUCCGGAUUUUUGCAACGCGAGGUUGAACGAAAUCCAAAUUAUGGCUCGAACGAAAGAGGUUUGAGCUCAACGCUGAUAUCUCAGGUGCUAAGUGGAGGCGAUUCCACUUCGUCCCAGUUGGGUAUGCUCUCGUCUCUUCUCGGCGCUGGUGGAAGCAAAAGCACGGGUACUGGACUUGGAGGAGCGAUGGGAGGAGGAGCGAGCAGAUUCGGAUCAUUGAUCUUGGCCUUGGCUGGAGCCCGUGCAACUCCCCAACAGCAACAGAUCCAUGGUGGAUUCAAUCUCGGCUACCUUCUGGGAGGCGGUAGUGGCACGGCUAGCUCCAUGGGUGGAGGAAUGGGAGGAGAAUUAGGUUCCCUGGUUUCUGAAUUGCUGGGAAGGACAAUACAUUGGGUCUAG